CUCUUCCCUGACACAAACUAGUUACAUCCAAAUGUCGGGAAUGAUACUGGGUGGUAUGCUCGAAGCAGAUAAGCGCAUGGUCGCCUACCAGCACCGCGUCCGACAUCACAAGAGAGUAGCCAGAGACAUGGAAAUAUGGAGAAGAUAUGAAGACUCUUAUGAGGAACGGGGGACGCCUGGUGUGGGGGGUGAGAGUGAGGUUCAUGGAACUCAAGACAAGAAUAACUAAGACUUUGCACGACCGUUUUGUAUAUGGUAUGAAACACAGUCUCAGGCUUUCAUGCCAAGUGUUUGUGGAGUGGAGACAACAAAACGGAUUGUCUUUGCUUUCACCUUGUAUAAAGAUGGCUUUAUCCAUUUCACUACUUCACUUGCGUUCUUUAUCCCACUUACCUCACCACGCACAGCCCCUGUACUCGUCCCACCGCUUGCAUCCAUAUUCACAGACACAAUGAGAACACCCUCCCCCGAUAAAAGAGAGCGCGAGCCCUCUUCCUCUAUCGAGAUGACACCCUCACCCGGCUCUACCACCACCGAAUCCACGACUAGCCAACCUUCGCAUACCGGGUCUACAACCGAGGGUUCUAUAAUCCACUCCUCUCCAACUAGCAACAUUUCAUCCACGGGAUCGACAGUUGUCGAAUCUACACCUUCUGAAUCCACAGACAACGAAGCCUCAGACAGCCAGUAUUCCGAAUCCGAAUCCGAAUCCACAAUGACUGAAGGAGGCCGCACAGAUGCACAAUGGUGGGAACUUCGCGAGGGUUGGAUCUUGCAUCGCUACAAAGAGAAGACGGCGUUUACGUGCCAUCAGUGUAACAAGAAAAAAACGGAUAUUCUCGUGGCGAUGAAGCCGGAGAAGAAUUGGAAUAACAUGUGUUGCAAUGCGUGUUUUUGCAUGAAAAUUGGGCAGGACUCAGAUGAAUGGAACUUAGUUCAUGUAGAUGGUGUUGAUCAUAUUUGGUAGAGGGAGAGCCGAUGAUUACUGCUGAGGACCUAAGUAUCAUGAUGUUCGUGUAGCUUCAGAAUGUUCCAGUGUGUGCAAGUGAGU